AGCCAUUAGCGCGGCGGGCGGGACGCGGCUGGGUUGGCGAGCUCCUCCUGUUGGGAGGCUGCCCGGCACCGGGCACGUGGGCAACGGGCCAUGGCGGCCUCAAUUAUCGGCCAGGAGCUGGGCCAAAUCUCUGGCCAGGCAAAAAUAGACCUCUUAUUAGUUGGAGAUAUCACGGCUCAGUACCUGGCUGAUGUUGUACAGAAAUUCUUUUACAGUAUGGCGGAAGUCACCAUAACCAUUAGUGACGUGAGGAAGGCGGCGGCUCUUCUGGAUGCAUGUGCAUUCAACAUGGUCUUCCUGAAGGUGACUCUACCGACUGCCCAGGAGCUGGAAGCUGUCAAAUUAAUUAGAUUUGGCAAGAGGAAAAAUACAUAUUUGCUGUUUGUUUUUAUAAUCCCUGAAAAUUUUAAAGGUUGUAUUUCAGGGCACGGAGCUGAUAUUACUUUAACUGAACCACUGACAGUGGAGAAACUGAGUAUUGUGGUAAAAUACUGGAAAACAUAUUUCUCAAAUACCGUUAAGAAUGAAAAUUCUAUGAAGCCUGAGCAAUCUGGAUUGCCCCUGCAGAAGUCCACCAGUGAACACCUGGGAUAUUUUUCUACUGAUCUAUUUGCUUGCUCUGACUCUCUAAGAAAUGACAUUGGGCUUCAACUAAACACUCCGUUGUCUGAUUUCGGGAAAAGCAAGAAGAUUUCUGUUCUUCAUUCAAGCAAGGAAAAGCUGAGAAGAGAACGAAUCAAGUAUUGCUGUGAGCAGCUGCGUACUCUGUUGCCAUAUAUAAAGGGGAGAAAGAACGAUGCCGCUUCGAUUCUUGAGGCAACAGUUGAUUAUGUGAAGUAUAUCCGGGAGAAAAUCCCUCCAGCCGUGAUGGGCCAGAUUACAGAAGCACUUCAGAGCAAUAGGAGGUUUUGUAAGACACAACCAGUGCCCAUCCAGGUCUCCCUCCCAGGCACGGUCAUGGCCCAGAGGGAAGACAGUGUAUUGGCAAGCACGUAUUCACCUGUGAGAGGGAUCAGAUUCCUGGCUAAUAAGUGCUUGAACGUAUACUCCGUUCCUGCCUCCGGGGGCUCCUUGGAUGACGCCAUGCGAGGUCAGUCUAGCUCCACUGCAGAGAAUGCUAUUGGUGAUAUGUAUAAAAGUCUAGUUCCCAGCACAGCUCUCUCUCUCAAUUCCUUCCAUGCUGUCAGAUACUAUUCUAAAGUCAUCCCUUCCUAUGAUGCAGCAGCCGUAACAAAUCAGAACAUCUCAGUUCAUUUUCCAUCAGCUGUGCCCAAAGUGUCCAAGUUUCUUCCUCAGCACUGCAAUUCUGUGCUGGGCCAGACGUGCACAGCACAUGCCAACUGCCUGCAACAGUUUUGGGCAUAUUAAUAGCACAUGUUUGAAAUUCUCACUCUAGACCACCUAUUGGGCGCAGUUUGAUAAUAUGUGAAGAAUGGAACAAAGAAUGAUCUCGAAAGCUACAUCCAGAGGCCUAAUAUCAAAAGAGUUUGCAUUGCAUGGUUUAUGAUAAAUGUACUAAAAGCUUCUACAGACAGAAAGACAGCAAAAGUGCUAUCUUUUCACAUGCCUUCACUUAUCUUCAUACGUACUUGGAUCUCCCACACCCAGAAAGCUACAAGAACAAAUGUCCUAGGUGACCUAGACUCUUUGUUUAUCUCAAAAAAGAUUCCACAAUUUAUGGGGAAAAAAGUGCAUUAUAUAAAAGAUCCACAUAGACUUGAUAAAGUGGUAAAAUUGGGGAGGUGCCUUGAUACUCUGGUGUCCCUGAGUACAGGUAUUGCAAUUUGACUCUUAUUUUUAGUAUCACUGAAUUGCUGUCACUUAUUUCUGGGUAGUUUCUUUUGUAGGUUUCACAUUUUAGAGAGCUUCAUUAUUCACCAUUCAAACUAAGAUGUCUUAGUUUGAGAGAGGUGUUUACCUCCCCGCUUGACUACUAAUGAAUAAAUUGACAUAUUUGUUUUUAUAUUUCAUAAUCCCUUGAGUGAAAUAAUAGCUAAUAGAUAAAAUUUUCUUUCUGGAUCUUUAGUUACAGAUUAGCAGGUGCUUCUUUGUUUUUCAUCUUUUCUUCCCCAUAGGUAUUAGAAAAGGCUGUUGAAAAUAAGGGGAGAAAAAUGUUUGUUUUACAUUUCCUUGAAGUAUUCUUAUGCAUAAUAUAAGUUUUAUUGUUAAAUAUUCAGUUUUGACCCUGAAAAUGGCAACCCAUUUUUGUUUUGUUUAACAAAUAUGUGUUCCCUCUUUUAGUAGUACUAUGUAGGGAAUUUAAUUUUACUCGACUUUUGAGAAGUUUAAAAAUUACUUUAGGCACAGCCUAAUUUUCAUGUUAAAUUGUAUAGCUUUCCUUUGAGGAUGCGUUGAUGAUGGAAUCUGUAGAUGUUUGAUAAACUUUA